CCAACAAUUCAUUUACCGGCUCUUUACCUAUGGAGAUUCUAAAAGGUUUCAAAGACAUGGAUGUACACAAAUCAGGAUUGGAGUACUAUGUUGAGGAAACUAUAAGUUUCGCAAGUAGUGAGGUUUUGUAUAUUGGGUUAUAUGUGGAAUCGGUGAUAUUAGUGAUGAAAAAUCAAGAGACUAAAUUCAACAAGAUCUUGAAGAUUUUCACAACAAUUGAUUUGUCGAGGAACAAGUUUGAAGGAGAAAUCCCUAAAUUCAUUGGGAAUUUGAAUUCACUUCUGCUGCUGAAUUUAUCCCACAACAACCUCACAGGACACAUUCCUCUUGAAAUGAGGAGCAUGAGCACUCUUGAAGCUUUGGACCUUUCAUUUAACCACCUUACCGGAAAAAUUCCAGUGGAGUUGGCAAGUCUCACAUUUCUGGCGGUCCUAAAUCUGUCACACAACCAUCUUGUUGGACCUAUUCCUCAAAGUAAUCAGUUCAAUACGUUUCCAAACGAUUCCUAUUUCGGAAACUCUGAAUUAUGUGGAUUUCCACUGUCAAAUGAAUGUGGACAUCAUAAGAGUGCAUCAAUACCAGUUGAACAUGAAGAAGAUGAACCGAGUUUUCUUAGCGAAAUGACUUGGCAAUCUGUCCUAAUCGGGUAUGGCUGUGGAUUGACAUUUGGUUUUGGCAUGGUGUUUCUCAUAUACCGCUUUGAAAGGCCAAAAUGGUUCAUACACUCUUUUGAAACUGUCACUCGGGAAAUGAUAUACUUAGUUCUGAGCCUGAGGGCACGUAAAAGGCCCCGGAGGAAUUUUCAGUUUUCACACUGAAAAUCUCUGAGAUUGCAAUCAGAAAGUAUGAAGCAAGAGAGAGGUCAGAGUAUGCCACUAGAGCAUGGGCUUGGUAAAAUAGUUAUUUAUAAUUUUAAAACAUGCAGAUUGUUGUUUUUUGUAUACUAGUUUUUGGACAUGUGUGUUGUAUAUGCGUGUAUUCAAUGUAAUAUUUCAUGAAUUCAUUAGGAUAACUAAAAUUUAAUGAAUACAUGUGUGUA